AUGUUAUCUGCUUCGCGCGCUCCUGUGAUAACAUCUUCUCGCAGCUGCUUCUUCCAUGCUCGAUCUUCUCACCAGAGGCGCAUUAAAGGGUCUACCUUGCUCCCGAUACAAUUGCAGCAAGCCGGCAUCUCGCCCUCGGAGGCCGCUCUAAUUCGCAGUUUUCAGCAAUGGCGACACCAAUCCUCUUCGCAUGAACCGGGUCGCCAGAUUCCGCCCCUACCGCCAUCGAAGCUUCUCCUUCGCGCUCUAAGACAGGGUCUAAGUUUUCGUCCUUUAUUCAGCGCAUUCAGGGGUCAGAACCUUCGUUCCUUGUUUCGUCAAAGCCCAGAAGAGCUUGUUAUUGCUAUUCUUUUGUUAUGCGGUGUGGCCGGCAUAUCAGUCUACGUGGGUUAUGCAUAUUUCAAUUACUUCCAAUCCAAGCAGUUUACUCGAUUCCCGCCGCAGAUCGCAAAGUCCCUUCGCCGCGCAUUAUAUUAUAGCAACUAUGCGCCGGACCCGCCACUAGCCCUCAAGUACUAUAAACUCGCCUUGGAGCAAUGUUCGCAAGCUGGCCUCGAUCCGUUCUCCGAUGAAGUUAUGGGGAUCAAAAUACAACUUGCUGCCUGGUUUGAAAAGAUUGGUAGUUAUAGGAAUUCUAUUGACGUGUUGGAGUCUCUCCUUAGAGACUGUAAAAAAUGGGUUGAAGUAAUGGAGAAAAGCGUCCGAGAUGGUUUGGUUGAUAAUUCAGGGAAAUUGGCUGGUUCUCCGAGUCCGCAACCUCCUACAACACAAGAGGAUGCCGAGACCGAAACGGAUACGAAGCCGGAGAAUCUAUGGGGCAAGAGGACAAGGGUCCUGGGGAAAGCAGUUGGAAUCAGUGUUAAGCUCGGAGAACUUUAUUCCGACGAACAUGUCCUUGAAGGUGACUCCGCUGGCCAACACUUAGUCUGGGCUGUCGAGACUGUCUUGAAGGAAUUGCAGAGGCGUCAGGUUGAAGGUGUGAAGGAGGGCGAAGGUGAUUGGAUGACCCCGGAGCAAAUCGGCGGUGCGCUCGAAGCGUUAGGAAAUCACUACGAGUCCAAGUCGCAGCACUACCUCUCAGCACCGCUCUUCCUGCAGGCAGUGUCACUUUCGCCCCGAAAUAGCUGCCACACUGCCGUUCUAAUGAACAACCUAGCCAUCUCUUUAGCACAGCAACCCGUCGACACGCCAACAACUACCAACCAGACCUCUCAAGGUAGCAAAUCCAACGUGACUGCCCGUCCCACACGGUCUACACUCUUAGCCAGUGCCCGCGCUUGGGCUUUACAAGCUCAAGAAACAGCGCAGAAAGUACAGGGCGAAGACAGAACCGAUGAAUGCGACGAAGCUUGUGCCGUAGCACUUUGCAAUCUUGGAGAUAUCGCGGCCAUGGCCGGAGAUACUGAGGAAGCUAGGCGUAAGUUUAAGGAGAGUCUAAGUUUGAGCAAGAGAAUUGCGUUUGACCCAGGUGUCGCGCAAGCCCAGGAGGGCCUUCAGCGUUUAUCUACGGUAACACCGAACAGAUCUACGUAG